AUGAUUGUUUCUAUACGUUUGAAUAGUACUAAUAAACAUGCAUGUAGUGGAUCAAUUUUAUCUGAAUCUUAUAUUUUAACAUCUGCUUCUUGUAUUGCUAAUGUACCAUCAUUUGGUAUAAGUAUUGUAACUAGUAUUCAUAAUUAUUCUGAAGAAGAUGUAACAUAUCGAAAAGUUGAUCAAAUAUUUUUACAUCGAGAUUAUAUAAAAAUAUCAGACAAUUACGCAAAUGAUAUUGCAAUUUUGCAUAUGUCUCAACCACUAGUUUUCGAUAAUAAUCCUUUUAUUAGUCGAAUAUGUUUCCCUGAAAAACUUGAAUCAAUAGAAAAUUCAAUGCAUCAUCCACAACCUGGAAUACGUUUAGCACUAAUUGGAUGGGGAACUAUGAAUUGUCAAAAUAAAACUACUUAG